CGAUAUUGUCCCGGAAGGUGGGGUUCGCCAGCAGUAGUCACUGGGUUGGGUUUUAGUGGUGGAGCUGGUAUGGUCUAUGCCGCCCUCAGGUACUGCUUGCAUCAAGAUAGCGUCCACAAAGAAGAGAUUCGCCCAUUAAAACUCGGAAGUCUAUUGGAAAGGAUGUGCUUGUUUUGCUCCAUCAAGCUGGAAUAACCUUCCUGAAGAAGUAAGGGCAGGCGUCACUCUCCCUGUUUCCAGAAAGCGAAUCCAGCGACCCUGAUUCCCGGGGCUCAGGUAUUGUACGUUUUUUAGCGACCGAUCACUUGCGUGUCAAACAGUCUGGCAAUGGCAGCAAGCAAGAGUAAGAACCAGAGCUCCCUGGCCCUGCACAAAGUGAUCAUGGUGGGCAGUGGCGGUGUGGGCAAGUCCGCCCUCACGCUGCAGUUCAUGUACGACGAGUUUGUAGAAGACUACGAGCCCACGAAGGCAGACAGCUACAGAAAGAAGGUGGUGUUGGAUGGAGAGGAGGUGCAGAUAGACAUCCUGGACACUGCCGGACAGGAGGACUAUGCAGCUAUCCGGGAUAACUACUUCCGCAGCGGAGAGGGCUUCCUCCUGGUGUUCUCCAUAACAGAGCACGAGUCCUUCUCCGCCACGGCCGAAUUCAGGGAACAGAUUUUGCGGGUGAAGGCAGAGGAAGAUAAAAUCCCAUUGCUUGUGGUCGGGAACAAGUCAGAUUUGGAAGAGCGGAGGCAGGUGAUGGUGGACGAAGCCAGGAGCAAAGCAGAGGAGUGGGGGGUUCAAUAUGUAGAGACAUCUGCCAAGACAAGAGCCAACGUAGACAAGGUCUUCUUCGACCUCAUGAGGGAAGUCAGAGCCAAGAAGAUGUCAGAAAACAAGGACAGAAACGGAAAGGGCAGCAAGAACAAGAAGAAGAGGAGCUUCAAAGAGCGCUGCUGCUUGCUUUGAUCCGACCGAGGAACUUUCACAGGAGCACUACGAGUCGCCACUAAAAACGAAACUGUUCAAAAUCAGAACUCAUUUCUAAUGUCAAGGAAGAAAAAAGAAAUCGGUGUUUUGAAAGUAUUGGUUAUCAGUUGGGUUCCUAGUUACACAGAAUCUCACUUUUUGAACGCGUGUGUUUUUUGUAAUCGUCUAAAUUCCCUCAGACACAACGACGGUAGUGAUUUACUGAAUGUCUCCAUUGUAAAGCAAGAGGCAUGGAUUUCACGUCAUGGGUGCAUAUUCUUCGACAUGCUAUUUAGCUGCCCAGCCUUUCCCACUCUGAGCAGUGCCCUCCUCAACUCUUUCUUUCUUUGCUGUUCUCAGAAAGAUUCUUAUGAAUCCAGUCAGUUUGCAGUGCAUCGUAUUGUCCAGAGUGAAACACAGUGUCACAGAUGUGUAGGAAUACAGUUCUAAUUACUGUCUUCAUAUUAAAACCCAGUAUCCUUUGCAUAUUGUAUUUGGAAACUCUGGACCAUAAUGGCCAGUUCACAGCUAAAGUCUGCUACCAGGUUUUCCUCAUGAACUAUGAAAUACCACAGCAAUGCCAAUCUUUACAAGAUUUUUUGCAGUAGCACAUCGGCAGUUGAAAGCAGUAUUUUUGGGGGGAAGUGAAUUAUGUUGCCAACAAGGACCCACAUGUCAGAGAAGUUUUUGAUAUGGAGUAUUUGGAAAACAUUGCCAAACUUUUGACAUUCUUACCUUUUGAGAGUGUUGUGGAAAAGCAGUGCUUUAAAGAUUCUUCAACACGUCUCGGUUUAACCAUGCCUGGGUUCAUGACAGUUCUGAAGAGCUGCUAGAAUCCGUGCCCGGGUUCAUUACAGUUCUGAAGAGCUGCUAGAAUCCGUGCCCGGGUUCAUUACAGUUCUGAAGAGCUGCUAGAAUCCGUGCCCGGGUUCAUGACAGUUCUGAAGAGCUGCUAGAAUCCGUGCCCGGGUUCAUUACAGUUCUGAAGAGCUGCUAGAAUCCGUGCCCGGGUUCAUGACAGUUCUGAAGAGCUGCUAGAAUCCGUGCCCGGGUUCAUUACAGUUCUGAAGAGCUGCUAGAAUCCGCGCCCGGGUUCAUGACAGUUCUGAAGAGCUGCUAGAAUCCGCGCCCGGGUUCAUGACAGUUCUGAAGAGCUGCUAGAAUCCGUGCCCGGGUUCAUUACAGUUCUGAAGAGCUGCUAGAAUCCGUGACCGGGUUCAUUACAGUUCUGAAGAGCUGCUAGAAUCCGUGCCCGGGUUCAUUACAGUUCUGAAGAGCUGCUAGAAUGUAUAGUAGUUAUUUUGAUCAAGCUAGAAAAACAACAUGAUCUAACAAUAAUAAUGUAGUGGUUUGUGAAGCAAGUAUUUGUCCUGAAUGAUGUGUUCACUUACAAAGGACAGCGUUGUUUCUUACUACAAAUUACUGCAUGAUAAACAAUGCCUUGGGCCAGUGUUUCUAAUCUUCUUUCUACGUCUGCAGUAUCGUACUGAAUACAGUAGUAUUAAUAACAAGUUAUUUUAUAAUGUCAUCACUAUUAGCAUUAAAUAAAGGCAAUACAGUGGGGUGCUAUGAUAAGCGGAUAAUCUUCAGUACAAAACAUUGAACUUUAUCCAGUAAAGUUUAAAAACUUCAUUAAGUUUAUUGUAUUUCUGUUUGUUUUUAAUCAGUUUUUAAGUUUGUUUCAUUUUGUUUGUAUAGAAAAACAAAACCAAACGAAAAAAACACCUUUUGUGCCAAACGUUUGAUUACGACACCUCUUGCAGUGCUUUGGCCCUGAACAAAUUCUGUUUUAACCCUGGUAAAGGGUUAAAAACAGAAAAAGCAAAUGAGCUGCUUCUCCUGAUUUGAGAACGAUGAAUCACAGUGUGCGUUUGGGAGACAGAAAGCUGCUUCGUGUUUUUAUUAUUAUUAUUUUUUGUGUGCAUGGUUUGCCCCUGGGAUGUUAAACCAUGCUGCUGAACACAUUGUCAAGUUUACCAUUUUAUAAGAGAUGAGCGGGCAUUACAUUGUUACUGAUGUGAAGAUAGGACAAUAAUACUAGUGGAUAACUAUUGUACACUCAUCUUUACACAUAAUGCUUACAUGAAGCUGCUCCGGGUAUGAUGCCCAUCUCAUCCCUGUGGCAUUAUUCUACCUUUCACAGGGUCAUUUUAACUGUACUACCAAGAGCAGCUCUAGAGCUAAGCUGGGCUGGGGCUGCAUGCGAGUCAGUCGCUGCCCCUUCUUUAGACUGUCAAUGCGGGUAUUAAAGACCGCUUGCUCUGUGAGCCAACGUACUGUACAGUACAGGGGCGCUGGAACUAGGGGUGCAGGGGGGGCAGUAGCACCCCCUGGCUUCACAUGGCUUCCAUCAUAAGCAGGGGUGUUCAAUGGCUUUCAGCACUCCCAACUAUAAAAAUUGUUUCAGCGCCACUGGUACAGUACUUCAAAUCAAUGUGUGGUUUGUUUCAGCCUUGCGUUUGUGUAGCGCUGCACUCGCACGCAUUUGUGUUUGUUUUGUUUUCUUUUUCCCCCAUAAAGAAUAAAGCUUUAGCUUUGCUAUUGGCCCACUGGCUUUAUCUCCAUCUGGGAUGGCAGUAAAUGUCCGCAACAUGUUUUUGUUUAAUUGAGUAUUCUAAUGAUACCUAAACUGGUAAAGAAGGGAAUGUUUUUCAUUUGUAUCGAAAUCCUCACGUCAUCGCCCUUCCCCUCAUCGUUGUCUGGUUGGGAUAUAUCAUUUUAUUACUAUUAUUUGUGAGCAUGACAUGCUUUGUAGAUUUUUUUUAAAUUUUACUUUUCAAUAAUGUAUAUUGUGUUAUACUUAUGUACCUUAACACAGUUUUGCGAAUAUUUGCAGUGUGUAUACAAUGUAUUUUUACACUGUUGUGUUGAUUUGCAUUAUAAUCAUUUUCCAGUUUUUAUCUCUCUAUUAAAGAUGCCAUUUAAAAAAAA